CCCACUCCCACUCUCUCUCACACACACUCACAUUUUUCUCUCUCCCAUGUCUCACAUUUUUGCAAUCAUGGGUCCCUUCACACAUUCCACAUAGCUUCUUUUUCUCUUCCUAUUAAAUCCCCUUCACAAAUCACAACCCACCAAAAUCCCUUCACACUUCAUCAAACCCAAAUUUCAAAUCUCUAUUCUCUCUGUUUUUGUUCUUCUCUGUUUUAUUUUUAUCUUUUGCUAUGGCUGAUAACUUAGUCGACGGAGAGUUCUGGUUGCCGCUACAGUUUCUCUCCGACGAUGAAGACAACUUAACCACUCCUCCAUUUUCCUCAAAACACAGACCUUUCCCCUCUGAGUUAUCUUUUGGUUUUGCUUCUUCUGAUUUCAGUUCCCCUGGCGACUCUCUCAGCGGUUCAAGCGAAACAGAAAGCGAUGAGGAUGAGAAACACAUGGCUGAGUUAACUCGUCGCAUGGCUCGUUCUACCCUCCAAGUCGAUUCCAAAGCCUCUGAUAAUAACUUGGGCCGUUUUGUGUCAGGCUCACCACAAUCUACACUAUGUGCUUUCGGGAGUGGUUGUAGAUGCCGUAGAGGUUCAAGUUCUAGCCAUGGAAGUCCUAAUGGUGUUUGUGAGGAUUCUUCUUCAAAGACUACUUGGGAUCUGCUGCAUGCGGCUGCAGGGGAAGUAGAAAGGAUGAGAUUGAAUCAGCAACGUUAUAAACCUUCCCCUAUUACUCCACCCUCCAAAAACAACACUGUUUCAACUAAUCAUGAAAUGGGUUACUUCAACCAGCAUUCACUUUCUCACCAGCAAUUGCAAAUUGCACAACUGCAGAUGUUGAGGCAGCAACAAAUAGCAAAACAACAGAACUCAAUGUGGGGUGGUGUUCAGAACCAAUGUGGGGGUGUAUUCGAACAGAGACAAACCAACCCUAUUGUUGAUGCUAAUAGUGUUGAUAGGAUGAGAAACACAAACACUGGUGCUUUAGGUUUGUCUUCAUCUGCAUGGCCAACACUUCAACAUGCCAAACAGCAACAGUUUUAUAAUCCAGCCAAACAACAGUCACAGAUUAACAAUCAACAGUUUGGGUCUGGAAUGAGAGCUGUUUUUCUAGGUAACGGUUCUGGGAGAAGGGAAAGUGCUGGCACUGGCGUGUUCUUGCCUCGUCGUGUUGAUAGACCUGCUGAAUCACGGAAAAAACCAGUAUGUUCAACUGCGCUGGUUCCAGCUAGAGUGGCCCAAGCCCUAAAUCUGAACCUUGAAGAAUAUGUAGUGGGGCAGCCGCAACAGCACUUGCAUUUGCAUCGGUUUAAUUCCAUCUCUAAUGUGGACAAUGUAGUCCCUCCUAGGCAUAGGGGUAAUUAUGGCCUUUCAAAUCAGAAGCACAUCAACAACAACAUCAGCAGGCCACAGCCAGCAGUGAGCAAUGAAAUCAGCCUUCCUAAGGAGUGGACUUACUGAUGUGAUGAUGAAAAAGAAAUGGGGUAGGGAUUUUGGGAGUAUUUUAAGGGAUUUGAUGUUACAAUAGUUUAUAGGAGAAGGAAUAGUUUUUUGGUUGUUAUGAAAGGGGAGUGAGUUUUGGGUGAAGAUGUUAGGAAAAUUAGUUUUUUUUUUUUGAGUUAAAAAAUAAUGUUAGGAGUUUAUGGAUAAAAAAGUAAAGCAGUUAUGACAGCCUGAAAAUGCAGUGAUAUGAGUUACUUUUGUUCUUUUUUGAUGGAGAGUUAUGGUAAGUCUCUGCAGGAAAGACAAAAAUGGUGGAUGGGUCAAUUUUUUGCCUUUGUUUUUGUUUGGUGUUAUUAGGGCAAUAGAGUAAUAGAAAUAAAAAUAAUGGGUUUGGAAUGACAAUGGAGAAAUUAGGAAAGGAAUGGAGCAGAUUUGCAGAGGUAUUACAGCUCCCUUCCUUAUGUAUUUUGUUGGAAAUCUGAUUAUGCCAACCUGUCCACCUUAAUUGCUUUAUAUAAAUAAUAAUACAAGGAAUUUUAGUUA